GCGAAUGAAGAAUUUGGGAGAGGGACACUGUCUCUCGGGAGUGAAGGCAUUGAAGAAAGAAACGCUUCGGGAUUUUGCGAUGCUGGAAUGUAUUUGGCAGGUGAAGCUGCAAUGCGAUGGUGAGGACGGUGCGUCGUAGCCGAAAACAACAAGAGAGGCAAUUGCUCAAGGAGAAGGAGGUGGAGGAAGAAGAGUACAAGGAAGAGUAGAGAGGAAGUGGUAUCGUUUAGGGUGCGAUGGUGAAGGCCAUGCUGCUGCCAGCUCCGGCCACGGCGCUGGGACAGGGUGUGUCUGCGCUGCUGGACCAGCUGGAGCGCCACUGCCUCGCGCCAGAUGCGUCGCUCGUCUCCAAGCCUGCCUACCUCGACCUUCUGCAGGCUCGAGAAGAGAUGGCGCGCGAAAGAUUGCGGUACUUGGAGGCUCUGGCUGUGUACGGGGAGGCAGUGGCUCUUGUGGAAGAGUAUCAGCAUGCCCUGUCUAUUGCUAAUGUUGGCGGCAUUCGUGAUUUGAACACGGUUUUCGACCAGCUUGGUCUUCGAUCAUCACCGCAGGUGUAUGAUGCCCUAGAGCAACGAUUGGUUGUGGCAGAAGCAACGCAGCGCUUGCGUCUGCCAUUACUGUCAAAAGACGGGGAUCUUCCUGAGGACGACAACCAAGAAUGGGGUAAUGUAUCUAGAAGCUCAUUUGAUAGCACCACCACCAGUCUCAGUCUGAGCACGAUCACAUCAGUUCAUACUACUACUGCCAGCACUGCAAGUGCUACCAUUGCAUCUGGAGGGGGUAAGGAGCCCGAGACCGUGGAGCCUGGAGUAGGAGGGGUCGUGAAUCGCUUCUUAGGGAUCACACCAGCGUGGUUGCGACAAACUCAUCUCAUUCGCGUACCUUUCGCAGAUGAUAACACAGGAUACCAGAUGACACUUAUACCUGAAAUAGAAGCACGUUUGAAAGCCAAGUGUGACAGACUCGUAUCUGCUUUUGAGACAGAUGAAACUGGCGUUGCAGACAGUGCCGGCCCAACUUUACGACUCCCAGAGAGGGUCAAAAUUGCAGUUGAAGACAUCGAAGCAGAGGAAGCAGCCUUACUUGAGGACUUGUAUGCAGCCGACCGGAAGUUUUCAGAGUAUUAUAAUGUGCUGGAACAGAUACUUGCAGUCCUUUUACGGCUGGUUAAAGAGUUCAAACUUCAACACCAGCAUGACUAUGAUGGAAUGCGGAAGCAAUGGCUGUGCAAACGGUGCCAAACAAUGAACGCAAAACUUAGAGUGUUAGAGCAUCUUCUUUUGCGAGAUACGUACACCCAAGAAUCUAUUCCUGCUCUGCACAAAAUCAGACAACAUCUGGUGGAGGCGAAUGAAGAGGCAACGGCAGCUUAUAAUAGAGCAGUAACAAGACUCCGUGAGUACCAAGGAGUAGAUCAGGACUUUGAUGAAAUUGCUAGGCGAUACCAUGACCUUGUAACUAAAUUGGUAGGCAUCCAGUGGACCAUUCGGGAAGUUGAGAAGGACCUCAGUAACCCUCACGAACACCCUGAUCACUGAAGGGUCUCAGCUCAAUGUACAGCUUUGCGCCAGAUUUCUGGGCUAAUACUGUUUCAUGUUGCAAAAAAAAUAAAAUAUGCUUGACUGGUGAUUUUCGAUGGAUACUCCCGAUGAUAGAUACUUAAUUUUUAGUGUUGGUGGAGUACCUGAAUAUGUGUCCCUCUACUCUCAGCAUCUCAACCUUAAAGGGGAUGUUGCAAGCUUUCCACUUGUCCUGGCUAAGUCUUCGGUAGCAGUAGCUUUUUCAUUUGUGUCCCACCUUAGACGAAAGUCAUGACGAAAACAGCACAUCAGAUGAGCUCUCAUCCUUACAACCCUUGACUUUUUUAAGGGGCUAUGUCUUGGCUGAAUUGGCUUAAAAGUACUUGCUGUUACUGCGUAGUGAAAUUUUAGUGUUAAUGAUCUAGCCCAGACACUUGAGCAAGCUAGGUGUGUAAAAAGUUUGGACAUAGAUAAGUUGUAAGCAGUUGGAACCAUAUUCAAAGAGUAGAAUAUUAGUCGAUCAUAUGCAACUUUGUUUUGAACUUUAAAGAUUUUUAGUUUUUAAUCUAUAAUUUGAGAUUUUUGAGGAUUUGUAUUAAGUUAA